AUGGACCUGAAGUGUGCCCGGACGCUCUGCGUGCUCUGCCUCGUCCUCACGGUCCAAGCGUUUACCCAGGAAGGGUUCAAGGAGGCGGUGCUGAAGCAGCUGGGGCUGUCCGAGGUCCCUAAACUUCAUAAGAGAGACUUGGUGGAUCUGGUUAUCCCGGACCACGUCAAGAACAAGUACAUGUCCAUGCUGAAGCGCCAGAGGGUGAAGCGCCGAGCUCUGCCGAGCCUGGCUGGCAUCCUCAGGGGGAUCCCGGGACACACAGAAGUCCUGUACUCCGACACAACCACACGCCAGAAGCUGAUGUUUGACAUGGAGGGCAGAAUACCUAAAAACAGCGAAGUCACAAUGGCUGAACUGAAACUCUUCAAAAAGCCUCUGGACAGAGCAAACCUUCCUGCCAAGCAGUCUCACAGGCCCGUCUCCAACGCCAGAGUCAGCGUGUACUGGGUGCAGCGGCAGCACGACGGUACCAACAGGACCUCCCUGAUAGAUUCCAGGCUGGUUCCUAUUCGUGAGUCGGGCUGGAAGAGCUUUGAUGUGACCCAGGCCGUGCAUUACUGGCUGAGGAACAAGAGGGAGGAGCCGAUGUUCCUGGAGGUGUGGAUCGAGGGGGAAAGGAUGGGCACCUACGCCUCGGAAAUGGCCAAAGCCGUGAGCUUCACCUCGCAGGACCCCAAGGAUAAAGCCCUAGGCAAGCCCGAGCUGGUGCUUUACACCCUCAACUUGGAUGACUAUGGGAGCCCUGGGGACUGCAGGGAGGAGGCGGUGAUGGGGAAAUCCACCUGCUGCCGGCAGAAGCACUACAUCAGCUUCCGCGAGCUGCCCUGGGCGCAGCACUGGAUCCUGGAGCCGGCGGGGUUCCAGGCGUUCCGCUGCUCCGGGAGCUGCCCGCAGCCGCCCCGCGCCCUGCGCCGCCUCGGCUCCGGGCAGCGCUCCUGCGCCGUGGCCGGGAGCUCCCCGCUGCCCAUCAUCUACCUCGUCAAGAGGGGCAACAGCACCGAGAUCGAGGCGGCCGAGUUCCCCAACAUGAUCGUGGAGAGGUGCAGCUGCGUCACGGACGGCGUGGCGCUGGUGUGACUGGCCCGGGGUGACAUCCGUUCCCCGCGGCCCUGCGAGAGCCGCCCCGGCCCCCAGCCCCGGGGCCGGUGAUGAAGGUCCUGGGGGGUUCCUGCUGCAGGGGUCAGCAGCUCCGGAGCCCUGCUGCCCUGCAGAGAGAGCGCACUUAGAGACGCUGCCCGUGUAGAGGGGCUCAGAGGAGCGAGCAUUUCCCGUACGUGAGGGGUACCUAAGGAGCUUAGUGCCUCUCGGGGCCCCCUUGAUGCCAGCUGAAUUUCACUGAAUUUAUUUCAGCCCCACCCUGGAGUAUUGCAAACAGCAAAAAGAAGAGUGCCCAUCACCAGGUGAAGAACAAAUGCGUGGGUUCAGCUUUUCAUUUUUAGGCUGCUGGGUUUGGUCCUUGUCUGUGCAAGCUGUGUUUUUGGUGAGCUGGAGAGCAGAAGCACUUACAUGUAUAUAAUCUGUACACAUACACACGUGCACACACAUGUACAGAGUGUAUGAAUAAAUGUGUGCAUUGUCUACAUACUGGAUAGCUACAUAUUGAUUACAUACAUAUAUAUAUGUACAUAAAAUAUUGCCUAGAGCUCAAAGGAACAUAUUUAUGUGCAUAUAUAUUGCAUGUACAUAUUUACAUGUACAUAAAAUAUUAUCUGAAACUCAAAGGCUUAUAUUUUUGGCCCCUGCACCACGGGCUGAACACAGUUUUAGGCAGAAUUUAGAGUCCCGGAAUCAACAGGAAUAUUAGGACUUAGGUCUGCUUA